GGGGGUACAAAGGGGUGACCCGGGUGUCGCUGCACACCCACCCUCCAAAAGACAACGGGCCACACAUCAGAGAGGUGGCGCGGAGAAUGAUCCGAGAAGCUAAAAAGGUCGUCGCCGUGGUAAUGGAUCAGUUCUCAGACCUCCUCUUGUUCCAGGACCUGCUUGAGGCUUCCUACAAGAGGAAGGUCUCUGUUUACAUUGUGCUGGACAGCGGCGGGCUGCCCCUCUUCAUCGAGAUGUGCCGGAGGCUGGAUAUCACAGAGCUGCAGAUUCGGAACGUGCGUGUGAGAUCCCUAUGUGGCACAGGGUUGCCCCUGGCGACGGGGAAGCUGCCGGGAACUCUGUCCAGUAAAUACAUGCUGGUGGACGGGGAGAAAGUCUUGUCUGGAUCCUACAGUUUCACCUGGACAGCCUGCCGUCUCGACCGCAACAUCAUCUCCGUGAUGACCGGGCACGUCAUCGACGUUUUCGACCGCGAUUUCCGAGAGCUGUACGCCAUCUCCGAUGCCGUGAGCCUUCACAGAGAACUGGGGCUCCCGUUACCCCUGACCCCCGCCAAACCCCCGGCCUCCAUCCAGACCAAGCCCACCGUGACAUCGCGCUUCGAGACCAAUGACAAAGGGCCCGCCUCGAACCUCCGACCUCCUGCCCACAAAUACCACAACCCCAAGUAUUCCUUGGUGUUUGGGGACCGUUUAGGGCUGUCCAGUUCGAAGCAGGACCUGACCCAGUCUCCCGGCAUCAUGAGACGGUUUUUGCAAAGCGACCCCGCCUCUAGCGUCGUCUCAGCCAAUGGGGACAAACAGGAAGCCCCGCUUCCGGUUACCCACAAUGCCGAGGGGACGGGCGGAGGGCUGUCCAAGAAGCUUCGCAGCACUUUCAGGGGGAAGACCAGCAAGUCGAACUCUCCCACGUCUCCCCAACCCCAACCCCCUCCUGGACGGGAUCGAUCGAGCCACAGCGAGCAGAGCUUCGAGUUUCCGGAGAAGGAGAGCCCGGAGGACAGGUUGGGGAAGCUGACGAGGAACGACAAGCGGAAGUCCAAGCUGAGCUCCCUCCUCUCCGUGCAGAUCCAGGAGGGGGGCGGAAGUUCAAGCCCCACUUUAAGCAACAGGAAGGAUAGCAGGAGGACGUCAAAAAAGGAAUGUGUGAUUUCCUGAAGAGGAGAGAGGGGGAGGGGGCUGGGUGACUGACAGAGAGACUGACAGACAGUGGACAAUUUUACUAGAACCCCACCAGAAAUGAAAAGGCCACACAAGGGCCCCCCCCCCCGUAUAUAUUAAUAUAUACAAAGAUCUCCCAUGACAGAUACACACCCAUAGUAAAAGCACAGAGAGGUCUGGUAAAGCAUAGGGAAGCAUUGUAAAGCACAGAGAGGUCUGGUAAAGCACA